AUGUUUGCCACUCACAGAAGCAGCCUGACUGAGCUGCAUGUGGGCCAUGGUGGCUGCCGCCUCAGUCGACAACAAAGUUUCCCGUUGGAACACCCGCAGGUGCCCAAGGGGGGAGGCGGCGGGCGCAGGAGCAGCAGCAGUGGCCGGCUUCUCUCGCUUUCCUUCAGUGAGAGCAUGCACAGCGAAAUCAGUCGGUACCUGUCUGAGCAGAGUCUGUGCCCACUUCGCCAGGACAGUAGUGAGCGGGCUGACUUGAAGGGGCUCAGAGAAGUGCGGGCAGCUGCCCAGCUAAAGAACCUGGAGGACUUUCUAAAGAGCAAUGGUGUGUCUCUACAGGAUUGUGUGGCCUAUAAUACAGGCAUGAGGUACAGAAAUCUUGGGAAGUCUGGAUUACGAGUGUCGUGUUUAGGAUUGGGCACCUGGGUGACAUUCGGAGGUCAAAUCACAGAUGAGAUAGCAGAGCAGCUGAUGACGCUUGCGUACGAGAACGGCAUCAACUUAUUUGAUACAGCUGAGGUGUAUGCUGUGGGCAAAGCAGAAGUGCUUCUUGGAAGUAUUUUGAAGAAAAAAGGUUGGAGACGUUCCAGUUUUGUUAUUACCACCAAAAUCUACUGGGGUGGAAAAGCAGAAACAGAAAGAGGAUUGUCCAGAAAACAUAUAAUCGAAGGUCUAAAAGCAUCUCUGGAGAGACUGCAGUUAGAGUACGUUGACGUUGUGUUUGCUAACAGACCGGACCCUAACACACCGAUGGAAGGAAAUCCAUUUAACACCUCAAAAUCAAGAACAUUCAUCAUAGAAGAGACAGUGCGAGCUAUGACCCAUGUGAUAAACCAAGGCAUGGCCAUGUACUGGGGAACAUCUCGCUGGAGCUCAAUGGAGAUCAUGGAGGCAUACUCAGUGGCCCGGCAGUUCAACCUGAUCCCUCCAAUCUGUGAGCAGGCCGAGUACCACAUGUUCCAGAGAGAGAAAGUAGAGGUGCAGCUGCCUGAGCUCUUUCACAAGAUAGGUGUGGGUGCUAUGACAUGGUCCCCUUUGGCUUGUGGGAUAAUUUCAGGAAAGUAUGAUGGUGGUGUACCCCCUUGCUCACGUGCCUCUUUGAAGGGUUACCAGUGGUUAAAGGACAAGAUCCUGAGUGAGGAAGGCCGCCGUCAGCAGGCGAAGCUGAAAGAGCUGCAGGCCCUUGCAGAGCGGCUCGGCUGCACGCUGCCCCAACUGGCUAUUGCGUGGUGUUUAAGGAAUGAAGGAGUGAGCUCUGUGCUGCUAGGUGCUUCCACCACCGACCAACUGAUGGAAAACAUAGGAGCUAUCCAGGUUCUUCCAAAACUGUCAUCCUCCAUCAUUCAUGAAGUGGACAGUAUUCUAGGGAACAAGCCAUACAGUAAAAAGGACUACAGGUCCUAGACGGAGAAUUCCUGCUCGUGCUGCUUCCUUGCUUCUCUGUCUGCUUGAGCUUUGACUGAACAAGAGUUACCAUGAAUGAUGGCACGGUGGCAGCUGGGUACUGGGGACCCCCGCCAGCUCGCACUUAAAAUAGUGCUCUGAUUUUAGCUGGGAAGAGCAAAACAUCCUAAUAUGACAGGAAGGAUGAUUGUGAUAAUGAUGAUGAUCAACUAGAUUUGUUUAAGAAAGUAGAAUUCUUUAUAAAGGAAGCACAGA